AUGUCCCACCGAACAAGCCAAUCGUCUCUACUCAGCUACCGCAGCGUAGCCCAAACUCCUAAUGCUUCCCAACCGGAGUCGAGGAUUCCAUCCCCGCCAAUUCACAGAGUACAUUUCGAUACGAGAAUCGAAGACGCAGACACCGAGGAUGAUAUCUCACGAUCUCCACCUCCAUCUCCCUCCAUCUCCCCCUCAGGAUACGUUCCGCAGGACCGCCCUCAUCGCCGACGUAGCCAUAACACGUCUAUAGAUAUUACUGAAGUAAAUUCCCCGUCUAGUCAGACGCUUAACUGGAAUGCGGAGCUACGUCGACGAUUGACCGAUCUUUCCGAAGAUGCAACGAUAAGAACAAGAACAAGAACCGGAGAAACAGGACCAAGUCCCGGGACAGGGACUGCUCCCGGAAGAAGCUCAGUAAUAUUCGCCCGAGUCAAUGGCUUCCGACGCUCUAUGAUCCAAAAAACAAGGCAGAUAGCGAAACGCUGGGGGCCCCUAGCGACCGAUGGGAUGAAGGAUCCGCCGCUUCCGCCGUCAGAUCCGAACCAGGCUCAUGCUGAGGAACAUACCCAUAGCCAUUCCAUCGAGGGAGAGGGAGAAGCCCAAGAGGAUGAGAAACGAACGGAUCAUGGAAGUUCCAGUGCGGAAGCACAUCGUCUUGUUCGUGUCUUCUCCCACGAUCGACAUCAUCAGACUGCUCCGUGGGAGUCAUCAUCAUUUUCGCCUGAUGGUGACACUGGGACCGCUCGUAAUAACAAUGAUCCGAUAAGAUAUCACGGUGGGAUUCUCUCGCAUUUACUACGGUUGAAUGCUGGAAAUCGGAUCCCGACUGAUCCAUCAGGGACUGCCACGCCCCGACGGGAGAAACCAAAAUGGUACCGAAAGCCAGGGAAUACAUCCACGUCAACGUUACUCGCCAGUGGCACAAUCAGCGGCACCGUCAGUGGCGCGAGCACGCCUGUGUCCAGCGAAGUGUUAACAGCCGCGUCUCGACGACGCUACAGACACUCCCCUGCGACAGGGACGAUGCGUCUGGAGGAGGAAAUCCAAGUAACGCUGCAGAUCGCACAGAUCAUUGCGCGCCAGCGAUACAUCAUGCAGCUAUGCAAGGCGUUGAUGCGAUUCGGAGCGCCGACGCACCGACUAGAAGAAUAUAUGUAUAUGACUGCGAAGGUACUCGAGGUCGAUAGCCAGUAUCUAUACGUCCCAGGAUGCAUGAUCAUAUCCUUCGACGACGCGGCGACACGCACAGCGGAGGUGAAACUCGUUCGAGUGGCGCAGGGGAUCGAUCUAGGCCGACUUUCAGACACGCACAACGUGUAUAAAAAUGUGGUCCAUGAUGUCUACGGAAUCGAGGAAGCGAUCCACGAACUCGACAGCAUCAUGGAUAAGAAACCGCGCUUCAAUAAAUGGGUGAUUGUAUUAGUGUAUGGCCUGGCCACAGCCAUGGUUGGGCCGUUUGCGUUCAACGCACGGCCGAUUGACCUCCCGGUGAUUUACUUCAACGGAUGUCUACUGGGAAUCAUGCAGCAUGUUAUUGCACCGCGCUCGGUGUUGUAUAGUAACGUUUUCGAGGUGACUGCUACCGUGUUGACUUCGUUUAUUGCGCGCGCGCUGGGAAGCAUCGUUGUUGUCUACGACGGGGGUAGGACUCGCGAUAGACUAUUUUGUUUCUCUGCUAUCGCGCAGUCUUCUAUCGCGUUGAUUCUACCCGGGUAUACAGUGCUCUGUGGCAGUUUGGAACUGCAGUCGCAUCAGAUUGUGGCUGGGUCGAUUCGAAUGGUGUAUGCGAUUAUAUAUUCGUUGUUUCUGGGGUUCGGCAUUACUGUCGGCACGACAAUCUACGGACUGAUGGAUGGUAAUGCCACAUCGGAUACUAGCUGUCCGGCACCGGGGGAGUUCCGGAGUCCCUACGUGCAGCGGUUUCCCUUCGUCGCGGCGUUCUCACUGUGUCUGAUGGUUGUGAACCAGGGGAAGUGGAAGCAGACUCCCGUUAUGGUGGUCAUCGCGCUAUCGGGUUACGUGACUAAUUAUUUCGUGACGAGAAGACUUGGUACCAGGAGUCUGGUCGGGAAUACCGUCGGGGCAUUCACGAUCGGCGUCAUUGGGAAUCUGUAUAGUCGGCUGUGGCAUGGCCAUGCGGCGGCUGCUAUCCUGCCUGCCAUAUUUGUCUUGGUUCCCUCGGGGCUGGCGGCCUCGGGGUCGUUGGUCCUCGGCGUGGAGAAUGCAGACGAAACGCGGUCGGAUGUCACGAGCAGUCAUGGCUCUGCGAAGGAGAAAAUGGACGGUACGUCGCACGAGCUAUCCAUGCCGGUGUUGGGAUACGGGAUGGUGCAGGUCGCUAUUGGCAUCACGGUGGGAUUGUUCAUGGCUGCGUUGGUGGUCUAUCCGUUGGGGAAACGGAGGUCAGGUCUGUUCAGCUUCUAA